UCUCAAAUAUGUCUCACUGUCGAAAAUUGGGUCCGAACAACAAAGAUAUAGUAAUAUUUGCAACUAAAGAGGAACACUCCAUUCCUAGUACUGUAAAACUUCCAGAACGUGAACCACAACCAGGUUUAAUAUUACCAAAUGGGGACAUAAAUUGGAACUGUCCCUGUUUAGGGGGUAUGGCAACUGGACCAUGUGGUGUGGAAUUUAGAAAUGCAUUUAGUUGUUUCCACUAUUCAGAUGCAGAACCCAAAGGAAGUAAUUGUUAUGACCUGUUUAAAACAAUGCAAGGCUGCAUGCAAAAGUUUCCUACCUUAUAUAAUAAAGAUUUAGGAGAUGAUGAUGAUGACUUGAGUGCUACUGCCAAAGAACUAAGUUUAGGAGCAACGGAAGAAAAUAAAACAUUAACAGAAGAAAAGGAAAAACCUAAAGAGAAAUAAAUUUCAUAAAUUAUAAUUGUUGGUUUAAAUACAAGAG